UUUCAGAUGGUCUACACGAAGAUGAGGCUGGUUUACGCUUUCAUUCUGGUGGUGGGCGCGCUCUGCUUGUACUUCAGCAUGGAGCCUUACAAAGAACUGCCGUUUGUUCUCAAGAAAGAUCAGGGCAAGUUCCUCCAGCUUCCGGACAUAGACUGCAAGCAGAAGCCCCCUUUCCUCGUGCUGCUGGUGACUUCAUCCCACAGGCAGCUGGCGGCUCGCAUGGCCAUCCGCAAGACGUGGGGUAGAGACACAGAGGUGCGGGGGCAGCACGUGAGGACCUUCUUCCUUCUGGGGACCUCAGACAGCACCGAGGAGAUGGAUGCCACAGCCCAGGAGAGCGAGCAGCACCAUGACAUCAUCCAGAAGGAUUUCAAGGACGUCUAUUUCAAUUUGACCCUGAAGACCAUGAUGGGCAUGGAGUGGGUCCACCACUUUUGCCCUCAGGCCACCUUUGUGAUGAAAACCGAUUCAGACAUGUUUGUGAACGUUGGCUAUCUGACCGAACUGCUGCUGAAGAAGAACAAAACGGCCCGGUUCUUCACGGGCUACAUAAAGCCCAAUGACUUUCCCAUCAGGCAGAGGUUCAACAAGUGGUUUGUGAGUAAGUUUGAGUACCCCUGGGACAGGUACCCACCUUUUUGCUCUGGUACCGGCUAUGUCUUUUCCAGCGACGUGGCGAGUCAAGUAUACAAUAUCUCAGAGACUGUUCCGUUCCUCAAGCUGGAGGAUGUGUUUGUGGGGCUCUGCCUGGCCAAGCUGAAGAUCCGGCCCGAGGAACUCCACGCCAAACAGACCUUUUUCCCCGGUGGCUUACGCUUCUCUGUGUGCCGCUUCCAGAAAAUUGUGGCUUGCCACUUCAUGAAGCCCCAGGACCUGCUCACUUACUGGCAGGCCCUGGAGAGCUCUCAGGAACAGGACUGCCCCGCUGUCUAA